AUGCUUGGAGCCGGAGCAAUAUGGGGAUUAACGGGCACAACGGUGACAAGCCUUAUGUUCAUUUGGGCGUUAUACUCACAAUACGUCCCUCUCAAUAUCCAAGACUACGUUAAGAGCUACGCUCACAGAUACGCUCACAAGAUGAUUGGAUGGAUCUCUUCCGACGUUGCAAUAAAAUUCAACGAGUACACAGAAGAAGGUCUCAAGAGAAGCGAGAACUACGACGCCAUCCGCAACUAUCUAUCAACCAAUUCCGCUGCUCGUGCAAAGAGGUUAAAGGCCGACGAAUCUAAAAACAGCAGAUCGUUGGUGUAUAGCAUGGACGAUCACCAGGAAGUUGAAGAUGUGUUUAGAGGUGUGAAGGUGAAGUGGUAUUCUAAUGUGAAAGAGACUCGGACUCAGUCUAAUGAUGGUCGAAGCAGCUCGGACGAGAGAAGGUUUUACACGCUUACUUCCCAUACACGACACAGAGAAAUGGUCCAAACGACUUACGUGGAGCAUGUUUUGAGAGAAGGGAGAGAGAUUGGGUUGAGGAACAGAGAGAGGAAGCUUUACACUAACAACUCGAGUCAAGAAUGGAUGCCUUGGAGGUCAGGAAAGUGGAGCAACGUUCCUUUUCAUCAUCCGGCUACGUUCGAGACUUUGGCUAUGGAACUUGAGAAGAAAGAAGCGAUCCAGAAGGAUCUGACAAAGUUUAGAAAUGGGAAAGAUUAUUACAAGAAGGUCGGGAAGCCGUGGAAGAGAGGUUAUCUCUUGUUUGGACCGCCCGGGACAGGGAAGUCGACGAUGAUAUCAGCAAUAGCGAAUUUCUUGGAGUACGAUGUGUAUGAUCUUGAGCUAACGACGGUGAAGGAUAAUUCAGAGCUUAAGAAGUUGUUGCUUGAGACACAAGGCAAGUCGAUCAUUGUUGUUGAAGACAUUGAUUGCUCGCUUGACCUAACGGGGCAGAGAAAGACGAAAAAGGAAGAAGACGACGAUGAGGAGAAGAAGAAGGAAGCUGAGAAGAAGGAGAGAAGGGAAGGAGAGAAGCAGAGUAAAGUGACAUUGUCAGGGCUGUUAAACUCCAUUGAUGGUUUAUGGUCAGCUUGUAGCGAUGAGAAGAUUAUUAUAUUCACAACGAACUACGUUGAUAAGCUUGAUCCGGCGUUGAUAAGAAGAGGAAGAAUGGACAACCAUAUUGAGAUGUCUUAUUGCAGGUUUGAAGCGUUCAAGGUUUUGGCUAAGAACUACUUGGAUAUUGACUCACACAGUUUGUUUGGAGAAAUCAAGAGAUUGCUCGAGGAAAAUGACAUGUCCCCUGCGGAUGUUGCGGAGACUUUGAUGCCGAAAUCUGAUGAAGAAGAUGCGGACAUUUGCGUCGAGCGUUUGGUCAGGAUUUUGGAGGAAGAUAAGGAGAAGGCGAGGAAGUUGGCUCUAGAAGAAGAGAAGAAGAAAGCAGAGAAGGAAGAGAAGAUGAAGAAGAAAGAAGCAGAUGAAGAAGAGAAGAUGAAAGCAGAGAAGGAAGAGAAGAUGAAAAAGAAGAAAGCAGAUGAAGAAGAGAAUAAGGCAGAGGAAGAAUAG